AUGGAUGACUUGGCUCUCCUUGACCUGUUGGAGUGUCCUGUGUGCUUUGAAAAGCUCGACGCCACGGCAAAGGUGCUGCCGUGCCAGCACACCUUCUGCAAGCCCUGUCUGCAAAGGAUCCUGAAAUCCCAGAAGGAGCUACGGUGCCCUGAGUGCAGGACCCUUGUCCUCUGCAGCAUCGAGCAGCUCCCCUCCAACCUGCUCCUCAUUCGCCUCCUGGAUGGAGUCAGGUGUGGACAAAACGUCACCAGGUUUGGCUCGAUCCAGAGGUCAGGGGUCCUGUCCUCCCCCGCCUCCAUCAGGAGAAUCCCCAGGGGGCUGCAGCUGCACCAGCACCGGCUGGCAACGAAUCCCAGGAUCCACAUGGAAGGGGUGCCACGAGCCAGGGCCCUGUACACCUACCGUGGGCACAACCCCGGGGAGCUGCGGUUCAACAAGGGGGACAUCAUCGUGCUGCUCCGGCAGCUGGACGAGAACUGGUACCUGGGGGAGGUCAACGGGAUCAGUGGCGUUUUCCCAGCCAGCUCUGUGCAAGUCAUCAAGCACCUGCCCCUGCCCCAGCCCCUCGGCAGGGCCCUCUACAACCUCGACCUGCGGAGCCGGGACAAGGCGGAAAACAAGGACAGCCUGACCUUCCAUAAGCCAAACACCACCGCCCGGCAGCUCCUGCAGACCUCCAAAACCCACUGGUCCCCUCAGUUUAAAAGCGCGUCCCUGCGAACGGUGUCUCCCAAGGCGAAGGGCGCGGAUUCGCCGGCUUUCCCCAAGGUGCCCGACUCCAGGAGGAAGAGCCUGCGGCAGUUCUCCAUCACCACAGCCCUCAACACCCUCAACCGGAUGGUCCACGCGCCUGCCGAGCGCCCGGCCCUGGAGAUCAGCUCCCCUGUGCUCAUCAGCUCCAGCAACCCCACCGUGGCCACCCAGAACAGCGAGAAAGCAGAGUUCCCCUACAGCACCCCUGUCCAGGUCAGCACCUCUUACUACCCUGCACCAGGACCUCUGGGGCCCUCAGAAACCAUCAUCACCCUUCCCCACCUGCAGCACCACGUGCCGGCUUACCUGUGUGUGGCUCUCCACUCCUAUGUGCCUCAUGGACCAGAUGAGCUGGAGCUGCAGAAGGGAGAAGGGGUCCGUGUCUUUGGGAAGGACCAUGAUGGCUGGUUAAGAGGAAUGUCUCUCGUCACGGGCAGAGUCGGCGUCUUCCCCAGCAACUAUGUGGCUCCCCUCUUCAGGAAAUCUAGUCUCACUGACUCAAAAAUGCCUUCUCUGUACACUUCAUGGACACUGUCGACCUCCUCGCUCUCCUCCCAAGGGAGCAUCUCCGAAAAUGGCCUGAGGCAAAGCAGAACCCUGAAGCCGGUGCUGCUGCCCAUCCCUAUCCCCUCUCCGGGGAGGAGCACGGUGGGACCGGCACCGCUGCGGCGUGGCCGCGGCAGCGCCAGGAAGAAUGGAUCCCUGCAGAGGCCGGGGCAGGCAGGGACCCCCGUGCAGAUCACGGGCUCCCUCAGGCGUCCUUCCGCGGCUGCGGGGCGACCUCAGCAGUUCCAGAUUUACCCACACAUCGGCUCCCCGUCACACAGCGUCCCUCCCGGAGCCGGCAUGGAUGAGGCAACGAGGCCAAACUUCUCCCACGAGGCUUCACCGGCGCUUGUGGUCAGGGGAGGGGAGAGUCGAACCCCCUCCGUGUGCAGCUCAGUGAUCCUGGAUGCCAAAGACCCUCCAGUGAAGAGUGAGGCAGCUCCAAAGCCGCCUGCGUCAGCCCCGCCGUCCAUCCUGGUGAAACCAGAGACCUGCCGCAACAGCGCCGAGAAGCAAGUGAAGACGGUGCGGUUCCAGAACCACAGCCCUCCGCCGCCCAAGCGGCACAGCCUGCAGCCCUCGCCGCGCCUGCAGCGCGCCAGGACGGAGCCCGAGGUGCUGCUGCCCGAAGGGCCUGGGCCCCCGGGCUGCUCUACUCGCAAGCUGCUGCGCGCGCUGCACCCCAAGGCGCUGUCGCUGGACCUGUCGGGGCAGCUGACCUUCCCCGUCAAGAAGAGCUACAGCAGCAUCUCUGCAAACUGA